GUACGGAACAAAGGUUUACGACUUGAUGAGCCUCUUAAUUUUACUGUUAGAAAUCCUUUUAACCUGUGAUGAAUCCUGCGUUCGAAACAGAUGAGACAAAUAUUGCCCCGUUUAAAGAAAUUUCACAGCAACAGAGUAAUGGCCCCUCAAGCUCUCCCGUCCAAAACAAGAACCCUGCGUAUUCCGAGGAGAGGUCUCCUAUUGAAGAAAGUCAAAGAGAUGUCGUUGACGACAUUUGUGCAACUGGGCCUGAACAGGACUCCGUGAUCGAAAACCAAAAAGAUAUGCUAAACGAUGAUGUAAAAGACGUCUUAUUCGUGUACCAGGAUGCUGCUAUCUACCUCAAUGAAGGGCUGGACAAUGACAGAUUUGAUAAUCACCCCACACAACAUACCAUUACAUGGUACAACAUAGCUCACAGUACCUGGUACAAUAUACUUGACUUAAUGGCAUCAACGCUAUUGUUGGCCCUGGGCCUUGCUGAGCACCCAUUCAAUGGAGCAUUACCUACCAGCAAUGUUCUGUCACUUGGAGCCCCAGUUCAUGGUAUUUUGGAGGUUACUGCUCUUUCUAUGCUGGCCUGUGGGGCAUUUGUCAAGAUGAAAUGGCAAGGUCUGAAAUCAUUCUUCACACAUAAACGAUCACUUGCAAAGUUUUUAGUUCUUUGUGUGAUGUAUAUUGAGGCCAUUGUUGUGGUGAUAAGAAGCAAGAACCAUGUCCGUGUAACAAGAGCCUUACGCCCAUUGUUUUUGAUUGACAGCUUCUAUCUGCGAGGUGUUAGAAGAACACUGCGACAGGUGAUGCUAUCCCUGCCACCAAUAUUGGACAUGCUCGUCUUGCUAUUAUUUUUUAUUUUUAUAUUUGCAAUGCUUGGGUUUUAUCUAUUUUCAUCAAACCAAGAUGAUGAGUAUUUUACCACAUUUGAAAGAAGUUUUAUCAGCCUCUUCGUACUACUGACAACUGCAAACUACCCUGACGUGAUGAUGCCAUCAUAUGCCAAGUCCAGAUGGUCUGUUAUCUUCUUCAUUGCCUACAUCUCUGUCGCAUUGUACUUCCUUAUGAACCUGCUACUUGCAGUAGUGUAUGACACAUUCACAAGUAUCGAAAAGGACAAGUUUCGUAAGCUCUUCUUGCACAAGAGACAUGCUGCGAGGCGUGCAUACACACUGCUGUGCAGUAAAGAUCCACCACACUGGAUAUCUUUGAAGCAGUUUCUAGGAUUGAUGAAGUUCUUCAAACCUAAUCAAAACGUAUUGCACAAUUACAUCGUAUUCAAGUCCCUCGACAAGGAAGAAAGAGGGGCACUGAGUCUUGACGACUUUUAUAACGUCUUUGAAAAGAAAGAGUUAUCCUGGAAAAAGAUGACCAAGCAUGACAAUGAGUGGUUUUACUUCAUCAAGGUCAAGUGUAAAGGGCUGUACUAUAUUUUGAAAGGAAUCCACUGGUUGAUAUGUCAAAAAGCCUUCGACUACUUUAUCUACAUUGUUAUCAUAGCCAACGGGUGCUCUUUCGUUGUGGAAAUCAUCAUGUUAUCAAAGAUGCCAUCAUCUGAGAGGCCUGUUACCGCGAUAUCGACGCACUGGUACAGCACGGUGUUCAUAGCAUUAUACGGCACGGAGGCGUUACUGAAAAUCAUUGGUCUGGGUGCGAAACAAUACUUCCGUUCGGGAUGGAACUGCUUCGACUUCAUUGUGACCGUCCUUGGUAUUAUUGGAGCUAUUGGGGCGUCCGCCAAGAGCUUUUCCAUCGCAUUCAUCGUCUGCCUGAGGCCGCUGCGUCUUCUACUAUUGUUCAAGCUGAAGCAGAGAUACCGAGAUGUCCUGGAUACCAUUUGGGUUCUCAUGCCGAGAAUGUUCAGGGUGGCGCUGGUUAUUUUGUGCUUGUACUACUCCUACGGUAUCAUCGGUUUGGAAUGCUUCUCUGGACUUAAGCUCAAGAACUGCUGCAACGGUACAUCAGUAGACGUCAACUAUAGGGAGAGUGGCUACUAUUAUCUCAACAACUUUGACGACCUGCUGCACGCGUUUGUUACGCUGUUUGAGUUGACAGUCGUUAAUAACUGGUUUAUCAUAAUGGAGGGGGUGGUUAACGUGACGUCCGACUGGAGCCGGAUAUAUUUCAUGUCAUUCUUCAUCAUUACCAUGGUUGUGAUGACGAUUGUUGUAGCUUUCGUCUUAGAAGCUUUUCUGUUUAGAAUCCAGUACCGGAAGAGGACAACUAACGAGGAAGUGGAAAUGGCCAUCAAAACGGAGAUAAACGUCUCCUACGAAGAAAUAAGAGCGUUAGACCCUCAACUCGUGGAACAGGAGGGUGUGCAAGAGGGAGAAACGGUGAGACAUUAUACCACAGGUAGCCUAACCUCACUGAGAUGUGUGCAAGAGGGAGAAACGGUCACAUAUCGAGGAAAACGUCACAAAACAAAGAUGGAUUUCAGCAUUAAAAUGUACAGCGAUGAAGUGCAGGCGUGGGUCAAUAGCGAGAGGGUGUACAAUCUGACCAAUGCUCUUCGCAACCAAGAGGUCACGGCUGACGAUGACUAUGCCCCAGAACUACUGACGCAGCGAUACAUCGGCUCACUCCCCAGAGGGGAUAACUCAUUCCAGAUAUCCUCCAGAGAGCAGACAGAGGGAGCUCGCCAAAGAUGUCAUUUGGUAUGACCAAUCACCAAGGAAACGGAUUGACAGAUUUCGUCACGUGGUAUGGCAGAACUUGUCAACGGUGUCAUUUGGUAUGACCAAUCACCAAGGAAACGGAUUGACAGAACUCGUCACCUGGUAUGGCAGAACUUGUCAACGGUGUCAUUUGGUAUGACCAAUCACCAAGGAAACGGAUUGACAGAACUCGUCACGUGGUAUGGCAGAACUUGUCAACGAUGUUUGGUAUGAAAUAUGUGAUCACAGCGACAGGCCAGGUUAUCAAAAGGGGGUCCUGACCAGUAGAGUCUUACCAAGUGUGUCUACUGUGUUUGGUGUUAGGGGUGCAUGGGAAAUAGAAGUAGAUAUGCCAUUGUGAGUAAUUGUAGUAUCAGACGGACGGACGGACGGACAGACGGACGGACAGACAGACGGACGGAUAGACAGACUUGCUGUCUCUCUCUAUAAAUUCAGAAUCAUUAUGUAAUUUAUUUUUGCUAAUCAUAACCUACUGAUAAUGCUUCGCGUCAAUGUAUUUAUUAGAUCUUCUACACAAAGUGUGGUUUAUACCUUAUUUUCUUCUCAAUAUCAAAUAACUGUUGAUUUUAUCAUAGUUUGUAUAGUAUCGUUUUUGCAAACGUUAAUAAAAAAAUAAUUAAUUUGU